ACCAAGGUGUGGAGAAACUCUUUCUUUCCUCGGGAUCACGUCCGGGCGUGCGUGUUUUUGAAUCCUGCCUGGAAAAUCUAUUAGCCCUGAUGCUCCGGCUCUCAGGAGACAAAGGAGCUCGGCUCCACGGAGGAGGACGGGACUGAUGGGGAAGGAUCAGGGGUCUUUAAAAGGGAACCAGAGCUCAGAGCAGCGGCGGCGGCAGCAGCAGCGCCUCUUCACUCCAGGCGAGAUGUGCCUCUCUGUGGUUGCUCCAGAGCAAAGGCAGAAGAGCGGCUAGAUGGAGAGGAGCGACGAUCCUGCAGGAAAGCUCCUCGCGUUGCACCCGGCUUGGUAAAGAAGGCGAAAGAAAGAGAGAGGGAGAGAAAGCGAGAGAGCCGUAGUGAACAGGACGUCCCCGGGAGUUUGUUUUGUAGCAGAUCUACAUGGCAAAGCUCUCGGUCUAAAGAAAGGCUCUGGGGGAGAAACACUUCUGGAAGGAGACGUUUGGUCUAAGGUAAAACCCACAAUGAACUGGACGCUGGUUGUGAGCUUAGCUGCGCUGUGGGCAGCAUGGCUAGUGUGUGGUUUGGAAAAGCCAUUGAGGCAAGCUGGGAGAGCGAUCCCCAGGGUCAGAAAAGUGCCUCUGGCCUAUCGGGGCAGUACUGGCCAAUCAACUUCACAGACAAGGACAGCUGAGACAGUGCGCAGACUUCUAAGACCCUCUGGGAGAUUUCGUCAACGCCCCCUCAUCAAAAGGGAUUCUUUGGAGACAAAAAGUCCACAAGCAGCCCCUCUGGAAGAUGAAUCUCGUGCCCAGGUGAAGAACAGUGGGACCAGAAGACGGCAGAUGCAAAGGCUUAAGCCAGAAAUGAUUAAGGAUGAAGGAGCUUCGACUGCAUUUCGAUCACGCACAGUGCGCUUCCCACCUGGAUCCAGUUCUCCCAAUAUUCUGGCUAGCUUUGCUGGAAAGAACAGAGUCUGGGUCAUCUCAGCUCCUCAUGCCUCUGAUGGUUAUUACCGGCUGAUGAUGAGCCUGCUCAAGAACGAUGUCUAUUGCGAACUGGCCGAGCGGCAUGUUCAGCAAAUUGUCUUGUUCCAUGAGGAAGGUGAAGAGGGUGGGAAAGUCAGGAAAAUAACCCCAGAGGGGAGAAUUCUGGAGCAGCCUCUAGAUCACAGCCUUAUUCCCAAACUCAUGAACUUUCUGAAGUUGGAGAAGGGGAAAUUUGGCAUGGUGCUGCUGAAGAAGACGCUGCAAGUAGAGGAAAGGUACCCCUAUCCAGUAAGGCUGGAGGCCAUCUAUGAAGUCAUUGACCAGAGUCCCAUCAGGAAAAUCGAGAAGAUAAGACAAAAGGGCUUCAUCCAGAAAUGCAAAGCAGCUGGAGCAGAGGGCCAGGUGGUUGAGGAAGGCAACAACGGUGGUGGUAAUACCAGAGCAACAUCAAGCGGUGGACAUAGCCCGUCAUCUCCAAGGAAAGAAGAAACAAGGAAAAGCAGUGUGCUGCCAACCAGGGUUAAAACAGUGAAGAAGGUUGUAACAACUACAGUGCCGCCUCCGCCUCCCCCUACAACCAGAGCUGCUACUUUCCCUCCCACGACCACAACUUUCAGGCCAGUCACCAGAAUAAUGACAAUAGCAAGUAGACCUACAACAACCACCAUGACUGUUCCUAUUACACAGAGAACCUGGACCACAAAAUCGCACACAUUGCUUCCCACGGCACCUGAGACAACCGCUGCUCGGGUAACUGAGAAUUUCUCCUCCCCUGUAUGGAAAGAGAACCGCAGAGAAAGGCAUCCAGGCCACACACACAGACAACCGACAGCUAGUAAGAGACCCAGCAAAGCCAUUCAUUACGACACCUACGCAGAGCUCCCAACAGCCACCUCAGAGCACUACACAAGGGCAAGUGCUGGCAGAUAUAGAGACAACCGCACAGACAGGAAGGACUAUCACACGAGGGAGCCCAGUGUCACGGCAGGUCAAUCCAAACCCGCUAAAAGCAAGCCACCUAAAAAGAAAGCCCAAGACAAAAUACUCAGCAACGAAUAUGAGGAUAAAUAUGACUCAGGGCAGCCUGCUGUUCCUCGUUUAGAGGAAGGGGUCCCCGUGGGGAAUCUCCCACCAAAGAAAGGGAAGGAUCCAAAGAAACAUGACCGCUUAGAUAAAUCUGAAAAGAAGAAGAAAGAGCGAGCUGACAAGAAAAACGAGAGGCAGGCCAAGAAGGACAAAGCGGAAAAGAAAAACAAGCAAGAGAAAGAGCGCAACAAGAAAAACAAGAAAGGGAGCAAAACGGAGAAUGAGGGAAUCCUGAAAGUGAAUGCCAAGUCUUUCAUGCAAGCCUCCAGAAAAUCCGUGACAAACUUUUUGGAUUUCUUUGAAGGGAAAAGACGACUCCUGCUGAUCAUAACACCCAAGACUGACAAUACCAUGUAUGUGCAACAGAGAGAUGAGUAUCUGGAAAGCUUUUGCAAAAUGGCCACUAGAAAAAUUUCAGUCAUCACCAUCUUUGGCACCAUGAACAACAGCCACAUGAAGAUUGACCACUUCCAGCUAGACAAUGAGAAGCCUAUGAAGGUGAUAGAGGAUGAAGACCUCGUGGACCAGCAUCUCAUCAAUGAGCUGAGGAAAGAAUAUGGGAUGACGUACGACGACUUCUUCAUGGUGCUGACAGAUUCAGAUAUGAGGGCCAAGCAAUAUUAUGAAGUGCCCAUAGCAAUGAAGUCUGUGUUCGAUUUGAUCGAUACUUUCCAGUCACGUAUCAAAGAUAUGGAAAAGCAGAAACGUGAAGGCAUUGUCUGCAAAGACGACAAGAAGCAGUCCCUGGAAAACUUUUUGUCUAGAUUUCGAUGGAGAAGGAGGCUACUAGUGAUAUCUGCUCCCAAUGAUGAAGACUGGGCCUAUUCGCAGCAGCUUGCAGCCCUCACAGGACAAGCCUGCAAUUUUGGUCUGCGCCAUAUUACUGUCCUUAAACUGCUAGGCCUGGGAGAGGAUAUUGGUGGAGUGUUGGAAUUAUACCCCAUCAACGGGAGCUCCAGCGUUGACAGAGAAGAUGUACCUGCUCAUUUGGUGAAAGACAUCCGCAAUUAUUUCCAGAUCAGCGCUGAAUAUUUCUCCAUGCUUUUGGUUGGGAAAGAUGGGAACGUCAAAUCCUGGUACCCUUCCCCAAUGUGGUCCAUGGUGAUUGUGUAUGAUUUGAUUGACUCUAUGCAACUUCGACGACAGGAGAUGGCCAUUCAGCAGUCCCUUGGCAUGCGAUGCCCGGAAGAUGAGUACGCAGGGUAUGGAUACCAUGGUUAUCACCAAGGGUAUCAGGAAGGCUACCAAGAUGAUUAUCGUCACCAUGAAAGUUACCACCAUGGAUACCCCUAUUGAAAUUAGCAACUUAAGCUUUGACUGCAUUCUGCUUGCAUCUUAAUAGCCAUUCAAGCCACAAAGGGCCAACCUUGGACAUCUUUUUUAUGGCCUCUUGAGUGUCUUUUCUUCCUGUGUUCAGUCAAGUGUUGGACUUUGGCCUUCUCUAUAACACGCAUGUCCAUGAAGUGAAAUAGAUCAAAUUAGUAACACUGA